CAUCCAGAUGUCUAAACUCAACGUGGCGGAAUUUUAUUGCUCGCUUCCAUCAUUCAUCAUUGUGAGGCGGAGCACGAUGGGAGUAAAGACUGUUGACCGGGUGUCUUUGAUUGUCCAACGUUACCGAGUGAGGGAGAGAGUAAACAAAUGCAGAGAAGGUUUCAACAUUUCUAAGACCACCAAAGCUAAAAAGUUUUCUUUCAGUUCCUGCCUUGAUUUUCCGAGAAAAUUCAAUAUAUUUCCCUGCGAAAAUCAUCCAGCAGAAGGACUGAAGGAGAAACUGUGGAUUAUUUACUUUGAUCAGGUACAUUGUUGAAAGUUGAAUCAGACAUAUGCCGUUAACUCAAUUUCUGAUCUUGGGAAUGCCUUGGAUUCAGGCAUAAAACCUUGUGCACGUUGAUUGCAUUACUCAAUGAGAUUUUGGACUCUGUAUCUGUAGCUUUUCCCUUGUAAUAGGAUGGCUAAGGAUGUUAUUAAUAGUGCAUCCUUAGUGCCAAUAUCUGAGAUGCUUUCUCAAUUAGCAUCCUCCAUAUUUGGCACAGUACAUGCAGUCAAAGAAGUCCUCAUUCAGAAGGAAAAUUUCAAGAAGUUCUCAACUUACUUGGAGAAGACUGCAUGUCUACUGAAAGAGUUGUCAGAGUUAAACCUAGACUAUUCAGAGAGCUUAAAAACUGCCAUAGAGAUUUUGAAUCGGGAGACAAAAAUUGCUAAGCAGUUGGUUCUUGAAUGCAAGAACAAAAAUAAGGUCUAUCUGCUUCUCAAUUGCCACAGAAUAGUUAAGCGCUUAGACAAUAUCACAAAAGAGAUUAGUCAUGCUCUAAGCCUCAUACCUCUAGCCUCUUUAGGUAUAUCCAUGGGAAUAAGUGAUGAAAUUAGCAAGUUGUGCGAGAAUAUGCUGGGUGCUGAAUAUCGGACUGCAGUAGCAGAGCAGAAAAUUUUGGAAAAGAUUGCGUCAGCAACACAGGAAUGCAAUGUCAAUAGAUCUCAUGCGAAUGAUUUAUUGUUUCAUAUAGCUGAGGCUGUUGGGAUCUCUACUGAGCACUCAUCUUUCAAGAAGGAAUUUAAAGAAUUUAAAAAUGAAAUAGAAGAUGCAAAGCGAAGAAAAGACAUGCCAGAAGAUACACAGAUGGAGCAGAUCAUUGCAUUGCUUGAAAAUGCAGAUGCCACCAAAUCUCAUGAGGAGAGAGAGAAGUACUUUAAUAGACGAAAUUCUCUGGGUCGGCAGCCUUUGCAACCUCUGCAAGCAUUUUAUUGUCCAAUUACUCAGGAUGUAAUGGUUGACCCUGUGGAAACUUCUUCUGGUAAAACAUUUGAAAGAGCUGCAAUAGAGAAGUGGUUUGCAGAAGGACACAACAGCUGUCCCUUGACCCAAAUUUCCCUCGACACUUCAUUUUUGCGGCCUAACAAACCACUUCAGAAAUUAAUUGAAGAAUGGAGAGACAGAAACAAUUUGAUUACAAUUGUUUCCCUUAAGCCCAAACUUCAGUCAACUGAAGAGCAUGAGGUGCUACAAUCGCUGGAAAAGCUGCAGGGUCUACUGGUGGAAAGAGAGUUGCACCGACAAUGGGUGAUAAUGGAGGAUUAUAUUCCAGUUCUUAUUGGACUUCUUAGUGCAAAAAAUCGUGACAUAAGAACUAGCACAUUGGCAAUUCUUUGCAUCCUUGCUAAGGAUAGUGAAGAUAACAAGGAAGCGAUUGCUAAAGUUGAUCGUGCGCUUGAAUUGAUUAUCCAUUCACUUGCCCGCCAGAUUGGGGAAAGUAAGUUAGCUUUGCAGUUGUUGUUAGAUCUAUCAAGGAAUCAUCUGGUGAAACAUUCCGUUGGAAAUAUCCAAGGCUGCAUAUUUCUCUUAGCAACUGCAUCAAACAGCAAUGACAAUCAAGCUGCCAAAAAUGCAGAAGAGCUUUUAAACCAUCUGUCUUUUUGCAAUCAAAAUGUUAUAGAGAUGGCGAAGGCAAACUUUUUUAAACCAUUACUGCAACUUCUUUCCUCAGGGGAAGAAGAUAUUAGGAUAAUAAUGGCAGAGACAUUGUCUCAGAUUGAGUUGACUGACAACAAUAAGGUGUCUUUAUUUGAAGAAGGGGCAUUGGAGCCCCUUCUUCAACUGCUCACACAUGAUGAUUUGGAGGUGAAAAAGGUUGCUAUUGAAGCUCUACACAACCUUUCAGAUGUACCACAAAAUGGCCUUAAGUUGAUCAGAGAAGGUGCAAUUGGACCACUGCUUGAACUUCUUUAUCGUCACAGCUUAUUGUCACCAAGAUUGCGUGAACAGGUUGCUGCCACAAUUAUGCACCUUGCCAUAUCGACUACAACUCAAGUAGCUGAUAUCAUGCAGGUCUUAUUGCUGGAAUCUGAGGAUAUAUUUAGACUUUUCUCACUUAUUUCCUUCACAGGUCCUAACAUUCAAAAAAGCAUUCUCCGGACUUUUCUUGCAGUUUGCCAUUCUCCUUUAGGUGUAGAAAUAAGGGAAAAACUGAGACAGUUCUCUGCCCUUCAAGUACUGGUUCAAUUGUGUGAUCAAGAUAACCAAAUCGUUCGAGGAAAUGCUGUUAAGCUGUUCUGUUGCUUGACACAAGAUGGUAAUGGAGACACAUUAUUGGAGCAUGUGGGUCAGAGAUGCAUUGAGAGAUUGCUCACUAUCAUCACAACUUCCAAUGAUAUGGAAGAGAUUGCUGCAGCCAUGGGUAUUAUCUCUAAUCUCCCUAAGGACCCCCAGAUAACUCUCUGGCUUCUAGAUGCUGGAGCACUUGACAUAAUUUCUACUUGUCUCACUCAUGAAAGCAGAAAUGCCUCGUACAGGAUGCAAAUAACAGAAAAUGCUGCUGCAGCUAUUUGUCCUUUCAUUGCUCCAUCAAAUUUAGAAUGGCAGAAAAGAGUAGCAGAAUUUGGCAUUAUUCCGGUACUAGUACAAUUGCUAGUUUGUGGGACCACUUUGACCAAACAAAAUGCAGCCAUUUCUCUUAAACACUUUUCUGAAAAUUCCACUUCCUUGAGCAAUCGAGUGAAACAGCAAUGGCUUUCCUGGUGCUGCUUGAAAGCACCUGUAAAAUACUGUCCUGUACACUUGGGCAUUUGCACAGUGGAAUAUUCCUUCUGCAUUUUAGAGGCCAAUGCUCUGGAACCUCUAGUAAGGAUGCUCGGAGAGACUGAUCCUGGAGUCUGUGAAGCUUCUUUAGAUGCACUUUUAACAUUGAUUGAUGGUGAAAGGCUGCAACGUGGUAGUAAGGUGCUUGCUGAAGCAAAUGCAAUUGCUCCAAUUAUAAAAUUGCUGAGUUUGCCUUCUGCCAGCUUGCAGGAGAAGACGCUGAAGGCCUUAGAAAGGAUCUUUCGACUGGUAGAAUUCAAGCAACAAUAUGGAACUUCUGCUCAAAUGCCUUUAGUUGAGAUAACACAGAGAGGAAGUGGCAGCAUGAAAUCUCUAGCUGCUAAGGUACUUGCACAACUGAAUUUGCUGACUGAACAAUCUUCAUACUUCUGAUUAUUAAUCAUCAUGAUUAAAUUUUAUGUACAAAUGGUUAAACUUCAUGUCAUGAUUUGUUAGUUGGCAACAAAUUAAUGUAUUGCAACAAUUUUUUUCCCCAUAUUUAAGAUUUCUUUUUCC